CUUGUGUCUUUCAAAUGCCUCUACACCACUCACUCCACAUGUAAGAGACUUUCACAAGUUAGUCAUAUCUAUUAUCUAUAUAUACAUACACGUAACACAUCAUUCCAUAGCCAAACUCAAGUCGAUCUUCACAUCCUCUGCUAUCAAAUCCUUUACUUUCUCUUCCCUUUUUGUUUCUGAUCUUCACUACCUUUUCCAGAAACAACAUACAUAGAUAGCAAUGGCUAUUCGUUUGCCUGGUAUUACACAUGCUAAGCACAUUCUUCGCCGAUCAAACUCAUUUGCAAAGAAAGCAGCUUCAACAUUUACAGAUGUUCCAAAAGGCCACCUUGCAAUAUACGUUGGAGAGAGCGAAAAGAAGCGAUUCAUAGUUCCAGUAUCACUUCUGAACCAGCCUUCAUUUCAAGAAUUGCUAGGCAUGGCUGAGGAAGAAUUUGGAUUUGAUCAUCCAAUGGGAGGUCUCACAAUUCCCUGCAGCCAAGAUUUCUUCAUUGGUCUCACUUCUUGCUUACAUGAAUUGUUGUAAUACAUAAACAAGCAGUGCCAAUUUUGUAAAUCCAUGUAUAUUCUUCAUUUGUUUUUAGCAGAAGAAGAGAUGGGGAUUAACUACCUAUCCUGAGUUUUUCUAAUCGAAUUAUUGCAGUUUCUCUUACACCCUUCUCACAUUCUCCUCAGUUUAAAUUGAUCUUUUCAUUCUGUGAUAUUUCAAGCCCCUUAAAUUUUGUUUGAUUUGCA